UUGAUGUAAAAUGUCCGACAACGUAAAGAUAAUACUACUUUUUACAAUUGUGUUGCAUAUUUUGUAUGUAAAUUAUGAGUGUCGUGCUGCUUCAAUAAAAAAUGAUAACGAUCCUCACGUCCGUCAUCACCGCAGUAACGGUAUUGGUAGCAGUAAAAAUAACAACGAUAAUGAAAGAGAUGAUGAAAACAAUGAUGAUAGUGAUGAAGAAAACUAUAAUAACAUAAUAUUGAUAGGAGGAUUUUCUCAUUCUUUUGACUUUCCCGAUGCUGAUUAUGAAAAAUUCGACCCAAGAACAAUGAAGCAUAUUUAUGUACGUUUUCGCAAUGAUGAUAACAGUGACAACAAUUAUACAGACAAUUUUGACGCAAAAUCAGUGAACAGCAGCAUCCCCUUCGAUAGACUUCCCAUGACUAACUUCACCGCAGAGGAAAGAGAAUAUGUGUCGAAACGUCAUCCUACCGAUCCUAUUCUUAAAAAUCCGUAUUGCUGGUUUCGUCGUUGCCCUGUCCCGUUACCAUCGGUAUACGCUUCUCAUAAAUGUCCCGUUGAUGAAACAUGGAUACACAAUGCAUGCCGCCCGAAAGACUGAUGAACAUGGAUUUCUUUUAUUUGGAAAAUUGAACUAAUUAUCUGUGUAUAAACAAUCGAGAAAUUGUGCCAGAAGAAGUUUUGUUUUUUGUCGUUCAUAACAGGUUUAUUUUUGUAUAAAGUUGCUCAAAGUUUAAAAUUUUUGGGAUGAAAAAUUAAACGCUCAAAACACCUGAAGACAAAAGUUUAAACAAUUUUUUGGAUUUAUUACUUUAUAGCUGCAGUGCAAAUAUAUUUCUUAGCGGCCAGAGUAAAAACUAUGAACGUCGCGAGCAAGGAAUAAAUUGUAAAAAUAGAUGGA